GAGGCUUUGUACUCGGGCUGGUACUGCUAGUUUUAUGUUUCUUUGCGAAGAACAGCGUAUUCUGUUUGUCACUCGUUGCAAAUAGUUUGGGUUUAAUUAAAUCAUAAAAUGUGAAUAGUAUUGCCAAGAGAACCCACACAAAGAUGAUUAAACGACCAUAGUUGAACUAAAGAUGUGACAGGUUUGGGGAACCGAUUAUCUUAAAUUAACAGGGCAUCAAAAGUGUCAUAAUGAGUGGUGGUUUGGCCCCGAGUAAAAGCACAAUUUACGUGUCAAAUUUACCAUUUUCUCUAACAAACAACGACCUUCAUAAAGUGUUUAUCAAGUAUGGACAGGUGGUCAAGGUAACCAUAGUAAAGGAUAAGGUUACAAGAAAGAGCAAAGGUGUAGCAUUUAUUCUGUUCCUGACACGGGAUGCUGCUCAUCAGUCUGUCAGAGCUUUGAACAACACCCAGAUGUUUGGACGUACAAUAAAAUGCAGUAUUGCUAAAGACAAUGGCAGAGCUUCUGAUUUUAUCAGGAGAAAAAAUUACCCUGACAAGUCCAGAUGCUAUGAAUGUGGAGAAGAGGGCCACUUGAGUUACAAGUGUCCGCAUAACUUGUUAGGGGACCGAGAGAUUCCCAAAAAGAAAGAGAGAAAAAGAAAAGGAAAGACGGAGGAAGAUAACAGUGAAGAAGAAAAAGACAGUGGCGAGGAAGUUAUUACUGAGUCCGAUAGCUUAUCAGCUGCUAUCAGUUACCAGUAUGAAAAGAUGGGCCAGGAAAACCCCGCAUUUUUGGCAGGAGCAAGUUUGUCUGACUUUGAAGACCCAGAACCAAAAAGGAAGAAAUAUAAGAAGGAUGCAUAUUUCAGUGAUGAAGAAGAAUUGGAUGACUGAAGAGUUUUGAACAUUUGUUGCAAAAGUAUUUGUAGCAUAAAUGACUGGAAGUUUACAUGGUACUUUUAUGCUAACUAUGAUCCUUUGUGAGGAGGGAUAUCAAGGGUUUGGAAGCUUGCCCUGAUUCAGAUGAGAGGGAAGGUCUACUGGUAUAAAGAUGAGCCUUAACUUAUACUAAUACAUUGUAGCAAGAUCAAGAUCUUUAGGCAAUAUUUGUAAUGGUAUGGUACCAAAUGGGCAUAGAAGUGGUAUCAGUAUGCAUAUAAGUGAAACAUUGUUUUUUAAUGGCUGACUUAAUGACACACGCGUAUUAUGUAACUGGUAAAUGAAGCAGUUAUAUGACAGAAAAUUCAGCAUGACACUGUCUCUACUCAGAACAGUAAACAGUUUCUGCAAGUAGUAUUGAGUUAUUUAUCCAUUAGGCAGAGCGUUUGCUACUUACGUUUUUUACUUUCAUUUGUAAUUUUUGGUGGAUAUAUACAUAUACAGAUGACGAUGAGUCAU